AUGGACUUUGCGAAUUUACUAUCCAAUGCAAAGUUAGGCGACGACAACAAAAAUACGCCCGCAGCACUACCAGUACUGCCGGAAAAGCCAGCCAGUAUCAAGAAGAUCAAAACUUCUCAGGCCACUACACCGAACGCUACUACUACAUCGAAGGUUGCCUCUGUAUUCAAAACGGACAUGCCUUUGCCUACAGGUUCCUUCAAGUCGGUCACCGGAGCUACCAUCCAGGCAUACGAUAAACCGUCCGAGGCUGUUUCUUUUACUGCUCAGCCAUCCACGCCUGGAGAAGUCGCAUCGCCUAUUCGAGAGCCCGACGCUCCUUUGAGAGCCACUUCCCCUGGACAACCGAAGGAUGUGACCUCGAUCAUGUCCUCCCCUGUCUCUCGUUCAGAGACUCCCGCCAAAGCCGCAGUCACGAAGAGUGGCCCCAUCGCGAAGGAGACCAUUAUCACAGCAGAAUCUACAACGAACAGCAAGCAGAUCACUGCCGUGGAGGAUGAUACUACUGCGAAUGCCAGCAAGUCCGCGAAGGAGGUGUCUACACUCUCGAAAGACAUCACGCCCCUGAGAAGCGCUACAUCCGCGAGACAGGGCCCGACGCCAGGCAGAGAGGCUGCAGCAGCGAGUACAGCAAAACUGCAGAGUUCAAUGCACGAACCACUCAUGUCACUUGCACGCCUCAAAUCCGAUGCUGCGGCGACUAUCAAGGAGCGCCUCAUGGCAGUCGGCACUGACUACGACAAAUUUGUCGCUAUCAUUAGCAACACGAAGGGCAAGAAGGUCAAGGAAGCCGUCGAAGACGCUCUUCGAGAAGCCAUGAGAACCCUGGCAGCACAGCGAGAGGCCCUGGAGAAGGACCACAACAAGCUCAAGUCGUUUGGGGAGGGCUUUGACCUUGCCAAGAUCAAGCGCAUCGACGCACAGGUAAGCUCUACUGCAGCUGUCCCGGCACGAGCUGUCGCGCUGGGUGCUGCGCCCCUGGGGAACACUGCUUCGAAAGGCGCGUCAAAGGAUAAGCCGCUCAAUAUCGACGAGAAGAUCAAGAAGCCUUCUCCUCCGAAAAAGGCAGAGGUGCAGCGGGUGAGCCAGGCCACAGCUGCCACUCCGAAGCAGGAUGUUCUUCCUCCGCCUUCCCCGACCGACAAACCCGCUCGAAAACCCGCUCGAAAAUCUAGUGCGAUGGUACCACCGAAGCGAGUUGGAGCGAAAACUUCGAUUUCACGCCCGACGAAGCGCGUCCCAGUCAGUCUCGAACAAGCCACGAAGAAGACUGUGAUACUUGAUAUGGAAGAGGUUGUCGACGCGCAGGCUAUCGGCACGGUGGCUGAGGCGAAGCGAACGGUGAAGACAGGUAAAGGGGGCUUCGCCAAGGCAAGACCCAAGGGCCGCCUCUCGUCCGACUACGAUGGCCGUCUCAAGAUUCGCAAGAAUGCUCCGACUGUGGUGGGUGAGAAGCGCAAGCGAGGAGAUAUGACGGGGGUCCCAAACAAACGCCCAGCGAUUGAGGGUCGUAACUUCAAGCCUCUGAGGGUACGUUGUCCAAUGCGUGAAAUCUUCGCAAGGAUCUUGCUAACAUCUAGACAGACUCGCCGCGCACCGCCAAUGUUAGAGGGAAUGGACACCGACACUGAGCCUGCCCAUUCAUGUGCUAUACUUUCUCUGGCCGUCCAAGUCAUGCAGAGAUGUCACCUCAAAAGGACAUAA